CAUACACACUAGGCAAUGUUGACAUUUCAGAAAAAACAGUUUUGCCUGAAGGGAUAGUCUUAUUUUCAUGGAAAAGAAAACCAUCCAAAGAAAUAAUGCUUCCUAUCUGUGUUGUUCUUGUUACUGCUUUGGUUCAACUAGCCGUGUCAACGAGCCAUUCUGCUAAACGAAGCAGCGACCCAAUAGCGGAUAUGUGUUUACCUCUGUGUGAAGAGGAAACCAGUCUGGAGAUGAAUUGUGCUACCACACAUGAAUGCUAUGCUAUUGGUGAAGAAGAUUCAGAUCAGUUCAUGGAGUGUAUGAUUCCUUGUUGGUCUUACGCAAAUGCAUGUUACAGCCUAUGCAGCCAAAGUGUGGAUGACGUCAUUAAGCAGUGCUUGAACAUUUGUCGAAGUCUAGAAGAUAACGUCUGCCUUAAUUCCUGUCAUGAGAUUACUUUGACACAGCUGAAACACGAUGUUCUCGACUCUAACCAGACGUUUAAUGCAUCAACUGCUACACCAUCAACUCUCUCAGCUGACACAAUCACUCAAGAUGCAGAAAUAAAAGAUGUAGCGACAUCCUCUCCGACUAUGACAUCUAUAUUAUUGAGAGUGCUACAGACCAAAACACUUCGGUCCGACAAAUCCAAUUCAAUCAAAGUGUACGACUCGGAGUUUAACGCUACAGAAGAUUCAAAGAUGACGUCAAUAGAAUCUGAGCAAUUUUUAGUGAGCUUCCAGGAGGCUGCUCAGAAUGACUCUAUUGAAGUCAAACAGAAUGACUCUAGUGAAGUCAAACAAAUGAGGUCUGAAACUGUUUCUAGGAAGCUUGACCAAGGAAAGUUAUUUUCAUAUCUACAGAACUAUUUCGACCUUUUGCCUACAAUUCUGGAAGCUAGAAAGAAACUAACGGAUAGUUCCUCAGACCCAAACUUUCUAUACGGUUCAAAUCUAGAUCUGUCUAAAGAAGAAAAAAUUUUACAAAAGAACAGAAAACAGUUAAAGCUUUUUUAUUUAGGUAACUUUCAGAAUCAAAAACACGUGGACAGACUACUAGAAGCUAACAAAAUGUUUUUGCAAAGAGAGGGACUCUAUAUAAUACAAGAUGAUGAGUUCAUUUAGUUGUUAUUCCAUUACAAUGUAUUCGACAAUAUUGCAGUAGACAGUGAACGAGCACAAACACAUCGCACACGACAUUGCUCAACUACUAUGAACACACACACACACUAGACAUGACCUUCUGACACGCUGGACACACGCAGAAAAUAAACAACUCAGUUACACUACAGCGGAAAACCAGGAAUUCAUGUCGCAAUAUGAUUUAGAGGAAAGGGGUAGGGCAGGGCUGGCGAACCUUUUUCAGUCCGAGUGCCAAUUAAUUUCAAUUUAAAAACAAUGAAGAUUGUUGCGUGCCCAGUAGGUCUACUAGUGACGCAUUAAAAUCCUUCUUUACUUGUUCUUGAAUAUUAACGUGCAAUUUCAUAACUCUCGCUUUAACCGUGUUUCGGCUUAUUGGCAAAUCCUUUAUUCUCUGAAUGACUUUAUCCUUGUUUUGAAAGUCUUCAAACAAAUAAGACGCACAUUCUAACAUUGCUUCCUUGAUAUAAUCACCGUCACUUAAAGGUUUUCCAUGCUUAGCUAUAAUUUUUGAAACUUCAAAACUUGCAGCCACUAAGUUAGAAGAACUUUUAACAAAGUUUACAAAAGAACUGGAUUGUGAAAUCGCUUUUUUUUUAACUCACGCGGUAUAUGUUCUUUUUGCUCAUCCUCGCUUUUGCCUAAAAGCCAGCUGUGAUUGGACUCAUAAUGACGUUUUACUGAUGAUGUCCGACAAACAACACUUUCCAAACACAUGGCACAUAAGGCCUUGUUUUCUCUGUGAAUCAUUCCAUAUUUUCAGUCCACCACUCUUGAAAAGGUCGGCCACUUCCUUCUUCUUCAUUAAGUUUUCUUUUUUUUAUUUCUGAGAAUGACAUGUUAUAGUAAUUAUUCUGAUAAAAAUUCAUUGAUGGCAACGCUAGCAUUCGAUGUAAGACCGACACGUUUUCAGUAUCAACAAAAUGAUUGAAGCUAAGGAGAUCUCGUUCAAAUACGAGAUUUGUCUUGAAAAAAUUUACUAUGCCCUAUGCUCCCAAAUGAAACACAGUCAUAUGGAAAAAUUAUAUGGAAUAUGAUCUACUAGCGCUUCUUCCAUAUUAUUUACAGUUCUCGGAAAUAAUUAAACGUUAUUAAUUAUGGUAAUUUGAGAUAUCCGUGAUUUUUCCAAAAAAAACACAUUUCUUAAUAUCAUCGUCGUCGCGUGCCACACAAAAUCGUUUCGCGUGCCACCUUGGGCACGCGUGUCAUAGGUUCGCCAGUCCUGGGGUAGGGGGUCUAAGUCUUGCCAUUGUCCAAUUAAAUAGUUCAGCUGGCUUGUUACAAGUGUAUUGUUAGAUUUUUUUACAAUUUUUAUUUUGUUCACCUACUGUUCCCAUACUUUAGAAAGAUAAACUCGAUGAACCAAUUGUCGUGAACAACUGUGUACGACCCCCGUUACCAAUGCUAGCAACAGAGGCUGGGAAGCAGCUUUUUAAUAUUAUAUCAAGUAAAUAUUUAAUAAGAUCUAAGUUAAAAACAAAUAACCACAAUCAUCGUCACAACUGACAGCAAUCACAAACAAAAGUAAACGUAUUUUUUUUUGUAAUAUUGUUGUAAUCCAGUUGGCGAGCGAUAGGGUUAACUGUGUGUGAUCAGCUGACUUAUGUGACACAGGCCAGAAAGACAGUUUAGUGUGCUAUGUCGAAGGGCAAAGGACAGUACUGGUAUGAACGUUGCACGUGAAUAUAACCCGUGUUAUGGUCAUCAUAAGCCUGCGUGGACCAGAGACACAGAGUGUGUAAGGCAGGGCAGUUCAAGACAGGACAGCGAGGAGACCGAGACUGUUACUAGGCCAUGCAGACGGUCCUGGCGAACUCUCCCUGCAAAGUUCCGUCAGCACAGAUCUCGUAGAACGCCUGUAUGUUGGAAGCAGGAAUCACGCUGACAUAAUCGGGUCUGUGCUCAUCGCAGCAAUCGUCAGGCUUCUUGUCGCGAGAGCCAAGCUCGCACGAAUUGUCAUCGCAGUCACACAAGUCAGCUGAUCACUCACAGUUAACAAAAUCUAACGCACUACAAUAACACAAUCUUUCAGUCUUUGUUCUGGAGUCCUCUGUUCUAACCAAGACCAAGUGACGACAAUGUCACCUAUGUUGCAUCAUUUACAACCAAUCGCUAGCCUCUUCUCACCAUCACCAUGAAAACACACACAUUCCACACACAGCCCGCUUACGUAUCUGGUAAACCUGACGACUGACAAGAAAUGUGCAGCUCAAGCAAUCAAUGUAUUUCACACUAUAGAAUUCAAUGAUGUGAACGAAAAAUUUAGCGCCAUGCGUUAUUUGUCAAAUAUUUUCAGCUUAAUUUAUUAAAAUACUUUUUUAAUUUAUAUCAAUACUUUGUCGCUAUAUAUGUCCAUUUGUAUCAAGC